AUGACACCAGAAAACCAGACCCAUAUAGAAUUCUUCCUCCUGGGACUCUCAGAGGAUCCAGAGCUGCAGCCUGUCCUCUAUGGACUGUUGCUGACCAUGUACCUGGUCACAGUGCUUGGGAACCUGCUCAUCAUUCUCGCUGUCAGUUCUGACUCCCACCUCCAUACCCCCAUGUACUUCUUCCUCUCCAACCUGUCCUUUGUUGACAUCUGUUGCACCUCCACUAUUGUCCCUAAGAUGCUGCUCAACAUCCAGACAGCAAACAAGGCCAUCAGUUAUUCAGGCUGCCUGGCUCAGGCAUAUUUUUUCAUGGUUUUUCUAUGUAUGGAUAAUUUACUGCUGACCGUGAUGGCCUAUGAUCGCUAUGUGGCCAUCUGCCACCCCCUGCAUUACAUGGUCAUCAUGAACCCCCGCCUCUGUGUCCUGCUGGUUCUGAUCUGUCUGCUCAUCAGCACUGUGGAUGCCCUGCUGCGCACCCUGAUGCUGAUGCGUCUGUCUUUCUGCAAACACCUGGAUAUCCCCCAUUUCUUCUGUGAACUUACUCAGAUCCUCAAGCUGGCCUGUUCUGAUGCUCUCAUCAAUAACAUUAUUGAAUAUUUAGCAACCAUCUUCUUGGGUAUUGCUCCUCUCUCUGGGAUUAUUUUCUCAUAUACUCGAAUUGUCUCCUCCAUUCUGAGAAUCCCAUCAACUGGUGGAACGUACAAAGCUUUUUCCACCUGUGGGUCUCACCUGUCUGUGGUUUCCUUGUUCUAUGGAACUUGCAUUGGGAUUUAUCUUAGUUCUGCAGUUACCAAUUUUCCCCAAAUGACUGCAGUGGUCUCAGUGAUGUACACUGUGGUCACCCCCAUGCUGAACCCCUUCAUCUACAGCCUGAGGAACAAGGAUAUGAAGGGGGCCUUGAGAAAACUCACCCUGGGGACAUUUUUAUUGUUGUGA